AUGCCGUGGAACCGUCCUGCGCACCCUGACGAGAGCAUAUUGCCCGAGUAUGAUCCUCAGAAGCUAGAAGAAAUUAUGGAGGGGCUUAUCACCCAAGCUGGGGUGGACUACGAGACAAGACCGAUGGUUGUGAUGACAGCUGCUGCCAUGCCCGAUCCACAAGAAGUUUCGUACGACGUAUUGCUAGCUUGUGUUCUAUCAACUCUCGACUUAUACGUGGAGUCGGACUACACGGUUGUGUUUUUUGCUGGUGGAUCUAAAUAUAAUCCGGGAUGGAAUUGGGUGUGGAAGGCGUACAGGAGUCUCAGUCGCAAGUAUCGAAAGAAUCUGAAGAAACUUUAUAUUGUUCACUCAAGCUUGUUCUCGAAGAUAUUGGUAUCAAUGGCCGGAGCCAUCAUCAGCCCCAAAUUCUUUCGUAAGAUUCAAUACGUGAAGACACUGUCUGAACUCGCGCACUAUAUUCCCAUUACGCAAAUCAACAUCGCGCCUGAGGUAUACAAGGAGAACCUCAAACAUGAGAAGACGAUCACGUUGCCAGAAGAACUGCAACGUGCCGCUGUGUUCCGUGUGCCCCUCGACGAGUUAAUUGGGCCCAAGACGAGCGGCUUGGGUAUUCCACGUCCACUUCGCGAUUGCGCUGAGUAUAUCCGGUCAUCGGGCCUGGACGUCGAGGGUCUGUUCCGCCGAUCUCCAAACUCGGUACUCUUGCGCCAAGCGCAGGAUGCGUAUGAUCGCGGACACCCUGUCACUUUGUCAUCCUUCGGGGACCCACACCUUGCUGCCGUGUUGUUCAAGAUCUUCUUUCACGAGCUUCCUGAGCCGCUUUUCGCAGAGUCAACAUAUUCGAUCAUUCGGAGAUGCCCGCCACCAUCAGACGAUCCGGAAGAUACUGCUGCCAUCACAUACAUCCGAGAAGAGAUCCUGGCUUCAUUGUCGGAGAAUGCCUCCUACGUGCUCGCUUUCGCACUGCACCUAAUGCAUGAUGUGUCGUUACAUUCUGGGAAGAAUCGGAUGGACGCCACCAAUUUGGCGCUAUGCUUGAGCCCGAAUCUGGUCCGAAGUCGCAAUCCUGGUAUCGAUGUGCAAAUGUGUCAAAUGCCAGGCCCCAGUGUUCAUUCGCCACCUGGCACACCGACCCCAAAGUCACCUGCAGGCACAUCGUCGUCAACGCUUGGCCUCGUUCUAAAGAUCUGCAUUGAACGCUAUUUCGAAAUCUUCGACGAGUAUGAUCUUGAUGCAUCCACUUUGACGACUUCCCGCUCCUCACACUCAGCGCCACAAAGCCAGCCCUCUACCGUUGUCAUGCAUGACAAUGAUGACGAUAUCGAUGAUGCAGAUCUGAUCAUGACCGUCGAGACGUCACCAAGUAUGAAGACAACUGUGCAGCGCAAGUUCAUUCCAGGACACAGGCGAAACGAAACCAAGGAUUCAGAAGUCAGUCUUGGUUCGUUAUUAUCGGAUAAUGAAGCGACGAUCGACGGACAUGCUGUUAAUCUUGCCAUGGCGAAAGGAGCUUCCGGUUCCGGCCGUCGCAGUCCCCACAACACUCUUGGGAGGAGUACGAGUCAGAAAUCGACUGUGUCUGGCGUGCAGACCACCGGCACGGUAGCCUCGGGUUUCUUUACACCGCCGUCACACCCUUCCUCUCCGAAGAAAGAUGCACAGGAGAAGAUGUGA